AUGUCUUCGAAUUCACUCAUCAUUAGUGAAGAAGAUAACACGAAAACUGCUAAUUCAAGUGUUUCAUAUCGUCCUCUUCAAAAGCAUUCUAAUUAUGCUGUUCAUUAUAUUUCUUCGGCGUUCGUCAAAAUCGAACAAUUGAAAACUGAUCUCAAUGCAGAGUAUCAAUACGAAAAACAUAAACUAAUUGAAUUGAACGAACAAUUGCGUUUGAUGGUCGAUCGUGCUGAGCGAUUGGAAUCACAAAAUUCAAAAUAUAGUGCAAAACUGAAUGAUUUGCGACAACAAGGAUUCUUCAUUGGGAUCACUGGUACAAAAAAUGACGAAUAUUAUCGUCUACAGAAUGAUAUUAUGACAAUGAACUAUGAUAAAGUUGGCUACGAAUCAGAAAUCGAACUCUUUCAGCUUCAAACAAAAAUCUAUCAACAAAUGAUCGAAUUUGAAAAUCAAUCGAUUGAUGAGCAACGAUUGAAAUUAGAACAAGAAUUGAAUCUAUCUGCAUCUAAUCUUGUCAAUAUACAUAGGUCCUAUGCAGAAUUGGAACAAAGAGUUGGAAGUUAUCGUGCAGCGUGUAAAGAUUCAUUCCAACAGUAUAUGAAAUUGACUAAUGAUUGGUCUCUUGUAAGAAGACAAACAAAUGAAUUGAAGAUCAAAGUGCAUAUGUCGAAGAAGAAUAUUACAUUAUCCAAGGCUUUAUAUUCUAAAUACGAUAUAAUUUCAAUGGAUAUGUCUGAUUUUACCGAAUUGUGGAAGCUUGAAUGGAAACAAAUUGUUAACAGAAUACAAGAUGAUUUCAAAGUAUUAUAUGGAGUAAUUCAUAAAGAAACAAUCACUUUUUAUGAACAAAAAAUCAAGGAAGUACAAGUUGAAUUAGGAAAAAUAGCACAAUAUCAACCAGACGAGCAGGAUCAACAUGCACAGAUUCAACAGAAAAUUCAGAUUGAAUACGAAGAAGUGCAGAAGAAAUUUGCCUAUGAAAAAGAAAUUCUACUGCAAUCGGAAGCAACAUACUAUUGUCCUCUUGAUUGCACACACAUUGGUGUUAUGAAUCAGUCGGCUAGUGAAAUUAUCGAUAUUUCGAGAUGGCUGCUGAUACGGCGUGUUGAUUCAGACGUUGUAUUUCAGUAUAAAAUACCCGAUGGACUUCAACUCCAACCAGGCAGUGAAAUAAGAGUCUAUUCGGAAUUAGGUGCUGAUGCUGCUAAAAAAUUAUUGAGUCAAAGUAUUUCAUCGACAUCCUUAUGUCGAGAAGUUAUCCUCAAAAAUGUAUCUUCAAUGGGUACGUCAUUGUAUCAAGUUAUUCUACUCAUUACUCUCUUCUAUCUCUGUUUAGGUAUUGGUGACCAGAUCGAAACACAGCUGCUUGAUGAAAAUGGUGAAGAGAAAGCAUCAUGCAUACAGACAGCGACAACUGAGUGGGCAACAUGUGAUUGA